GGAGCUGACGCGUUUCUACGGAAGUAGCGAAGACGGAAGUAAGAGUCUCAGUGAUGCCUGCAUAUGUUGUUUAGGCGUUUCGUCUGAAGAUUUGAGGGAUAUAUUUGAUCUCUUCUCAGCGGUUAAGGCUGUCUGUGGAGGAUUCAGGGAUGGAGGACCCCGGCUCCGAGUGUGUGUCGUCUCCAGCGGGCCAGAGCUCCAGCAGAUCCAAGCUGGACACGCUGUCUAAAGAAGAUCUGAUAAAGUUUGCCAAGAAACAGAUGGUGGCAAUGCAGAAGAUGAAGUCAAAAUGUGCCGAUUUAGAGAAGGAGGUUGAGGAGUUGAAACACUCUCCGAGUGACAGAGCAGACUCCUCAGUUGUCCAGGAACUGAGCGAGAGAAUGAACGUCGUGCUGCAGGAGAAAGCUGAGAGUCAGCAGAGCCUUUCAUUGCUGCGCAGAGAACAUGAGGAGCUCCAGAACAACGCUCAGGAGACCGUGGCCAGACUGGCAGCUCUCCAGGAGGAAGUAGACUUAAGAAACAGAGAGUACACAGAAAUGCAGAAGCGCACAGCCGAGCUCACUGCGGACCUGGAGGCAGCUCGUACCGAAUAUGAGUCAAGAUUAUCUGAAGCUGGAGAGGACCUGGCCGAAGCCCGGCAGCAGCGGAUAGCAGCGACAGAGGACCUUGAAGCCUCUCAACGGGCGGGACAGGAGGAGACCGACAGCCUCCGGAGGGAGCUGGAAGCGCUGAGGAGGCAGCACGAGGAGGACGUGCGCUUCCUGGAGGAGCAGCUGGAGCUGAGCACCGCAGACUUCGAGAGCGAGCGCGAGCGGCUGCUGCUGCUGCAGGACGAGCUGGCUGAGCAGCUGGCACUGAAAGAGGGCUUCCUGCAGGACGUCCAGGAGGAGGAGGAGGACGCCAGCAGAGCCCCUGCGCCUCCCCAGCACUCGCCUGACCACUCCGACCAGCUCAGAGCAGCCCUGGAGGACCUUCAGGCUCACAACAUGAUGCUCCAGGAGGAGCUUGUGCUUCUGAGGAACCUGAAGCUGCAGCUGGAGUCUGAGAUGAAGCAGACAAGAGACGAUUUCGCUGUGGAGAAGGAGGAGCUGGAGUUCAGAGUCAACGAGAUGCAGAUGAACAGAGAUGCGUCUGUGGAGAGAAGCGGCGCCCAGACCUCAGACAAGUCUCCCAGCGCUGACCCGAGGGUCACUGACCAGGAGGACCUCAGAGACCGAGCAGAGCGCCUUGUGAAGGAGCUCCAGAGUGUCUUCCAGCAGAUCAGAGGAGCUGAGGAGACCUCAGAGGAAGAGGGACUGGAGGUGACCGUUGAGGACCUGAGGAAUGAAAAUGAAGAAACCCUAGAGAGCCUGCAACACAAGGAAAGUCUUGUCCACGAGUUGAAGGAGAUGCUGAAGUCCGUGGUCUUUAGUGAAUCUGAUCUGAAUCAGAACAGGACCCUGAGUGAGGAGAAUGAGGAGCACAUGAAAACUCUCGAAGAGGACUCCGGUGUUCUUCAAGCUCAACAGCAGGACACCGUCAGAGAUCUUCAGGCUCGGAUCACCAGUCAGUCAGAAGAGAGGGAUGCCCUUCAGCGAGAUGUAGAGCGCCUCUCCGCCGCUCAGCGUCGCAUCGUGGAGAUCCUCCAGCAUAGCUCCUCCGAGACAGAGGUGGACGGAGCAUCUGAUGUCUCCAACCUCGUGGAGCGCCUCUGGACUCAAGCCCAGGAGGAGAGGCACGUCUUGCAGCAGCGGCUGGAGGAGGCCGCUGAGGAGCGGGAGGCCCGGGUUCAUGAGCUCCAGCGGGAGAAGGACCUGCUGAGGGCCAGUCUGGAGGACGUGUUGCUGGACGCGGAGGGACUGCAGAAGGAUCUGAGGGACAUGCAGGCCAUGAAUGAGAAGCUGAGGGAAGAGAACCACCGUCUGCUCAGUUUGGAGGAGAAAGGACAGGAGUCUCAGGAGGAAAGCGAUGAGGCCGACAGAGACGCUCUCAUAUCUCAGCUCAGAGAAGAAGUCGCUCACUUACAGAUGUGCAAAGAGUCAUCAGUGUCUGAUGAAAAUGAACAAAUGAUAGCGUUAUCUCAUGAAAUAGAAAUGCUGAAGAAAGAAAGCAAAGAGAAGGACGAACGCAUGAACAAAAUCAAAGCUGUUGCUGUAAAGGCUAAAAAGGAACUGGACAACAGCAAGAAAGAGGUGUUCGCUCUGAGAGAAGAAGUGGAGCAGCUGAAGGCCGAGCGAGAUGCACUGUCACGAUCUGUGAAGGACAUCAUCCACGGCGCUGAGGACUACAAGAACCUGAUGCUGGAUUACGACAAGCAGACUGAGCUGUUGGAUCAGGAGAGAGAGAAGCUGGAGCAGGCCAGCAAACACAACGAAGAUUUGACCAGACGACUUCAAAAUGCCGUUCAGCAGCACGAGCUGCUGUCCUCGGAGCGAGAGGACCUCACGGCCCGGGUGGAGACGCUCCAGAGGAACACCACACAGCUGGAGGCACAGGUCCUGGAAACACAGAAGCUGAAGAGCGCGCUGGAGAGAGACCUGGAGGCAGAGAGGCUCCUGAGAGAGCAGAAGACUAAGGAGCAUCAGUCUGCAGUCAGGGAGGUGGAGGAGCUCCAGACUCAGCUCAGCAGACACAGACAGCAGCUCCAGCAAACGGAUCAGGAGCUCGAGCAGCUGCGCAAGGACGCUCAGCAGAGCACGCUGCUGGACAUGGAGAUGGCCGACUACGAGAAACUGGUGAAGGAGCUCAAUCACCAGCUGUGUGAGAAAGACAAGCAGGCGGAGGAGCAGGAGGCGCUGGUCCAGACACUGAGAGAGCGGGAGCAGCGUCUGAGCCAGGAGAUGGAGUCUCUGAAGCUGCUGCUGGAGCAGACCGAAGACAAAGCCUCCAGGAUGAAACAACUGCUGGUCAAAACCAAAAAAGACCUGGCAGACGCAAAACAAAAAGAAGCGGUGCAGCUGAUCUCUCAGUCUGCUCUGAGAGGAGAUCUGGAGGCCCAUCAGCAGCAGCUGGAGGAGCUGAAGAUCCAGAGCAGCGAGCUGACGGCCGAGCGGCACCGGCUGCAGGAGCAGCUGAAGCUGAUGGGCGAGCAGCAGCAGCGGGCGUCCAGCUCGUAUCAGCUCAGUCUGAGCGCGCUGCAGGACGAGUGCACGGCCGCUAAGGCUGAUCUUGCUGCGACGCUGUCUGAGUUUGAGAGUUAUAAAGUGCGAGUCCACAACGUCCUCAAGCAGCAGAAACACAAGAGCUCGUCCCAGAGCGAUGGAGACGCUUUCAGACUGGAGAGGGAGCGCUCGGAGGCCGUGCUGGAGCAGCUGCGCAGCCGGCUGCAGGAGACGCAGCAGAGCCUGACGUCCAGCGCCUCGGAGCUGCAGCAGCUGCAGACGGAGCAUGACAUGCUGCUGGAGCGCCACAACAAGAUCCUGCAGGAGACGGUCAGCAGGGAGGCCGAGCUGCGCGAGAGGCUGCUGGCGCUGCAGUCAGAGAGCCUCUCUCUGCGCUCCGAACACGGCCAGUGUGCGUCUCACCUGAGCGCUCAGACCGAGGCCCUGCGCGGCGGCUUCCGGGAGCAGAUGCGUCAGCUGCAGGAGGAGCACUGCGGCACGCUGGAGACCCUGCAGCAGCAGAUCCGCGGCCUGGAGGCCCAGCUCUUCCAGCUGCAGAGAGAGCCGUCCGGAGCAGGAGCAGCGCUGGCGCCGCAGAGCAGGAGGAGGCCGGCGGACGUGCCUCCGCUGGAGCUGCAGGGCAUGGCCAGAGAGGAGGGAGAGGGCAUGGAGACCACCGAGACCGAGUCCCUGUCGUCCAGCAGCACCCCGCUGGCCUCUCUGGAGCAGCUGCUGACCUCCGCUGACCUCAAACACGAGCCUGCUGUCUGGCACAUGGAGCCCAGUAAAGAGGAGUUGUCUCAGAAGCUCAGUACUGCCGCCCGCAGCGUGGAGCACCUGAGCAGUCUGCUGCACGAGACCGAGGCUACCAACGCUGUCCUGAUGGAGCAGAUCACUCUGCUGAAGAGCGAGCUGCGGCGUCUGGAGCGUAAUCAGGAGCGGGAGAAGUCUGUGGCCAGUCUGGAGUAUCUGAAGAACGUGCUGCUUCAGUUCAUCUUCCUGCGCUCCGGCAGCGAGAGGCAGGCUCUGCUUCCUGUCAUCCACACACUGCUGCAGCUGAGCCCCGAGGAGAAGGGCAAGCUGGCCGCCAUCGCUCACGGUGAGGAGUCGGCGGCUGUCUCUCGGGGCUCGGGCUGGACGUCGUAUCUUCACAGCUGGUCAGGCAUCAGAUGAAAGCACACAUCAGCUCUGUGUAUGACGUCUCGGGACCUGACAGGACUUUUCUGAUUUGGGUUAUUGAAGAUUGUUUUGUGCUGUAAAUCAUACAUGGGAACUGUUGAUCAUAUUUAUCAUAUUUUAAUAUAAUAAAAAUAUCAUACAAUCAUAUCCUUAACAAUUUUCCCCGAAUUGUCUCAAGGCUGUUAGUCUUUGUGGAUGAGUGUAAAUACUGAUCUGGUCUGUCAGAGAACAUAUCUGAUUAAACCGCUUUGAGAGCUGCUCCGUU